AUGUCAGUAUCUACUAUUAAAGUUCGAAAAAUUGGUUGCCGUUUUCAUCCUCCAGCAUUAAUUUUGUUCUACAUUGAUUUAAAAACAAAUAAAACUCGUCGUCGUACUCAUCCAAUUGAAAAUCUUUCGGUAAACACUAAUGUAACUGAUUAUGCUCGGGAACUACAAGAAAGUGAAACGAAUAAAAGUAAUUUAUUUAAAUUCAUUCCAUUGAGACGUUUAGAACGUUUAAUUUUUGUGUUAAAAAAUGGUUCAUGCAAAAAUCAGCCAAUAUCAACAAUUAAAAAUCAUCUAGAGAGUUAUGAUCGUUUGGAUUUAGAUGAAGAUUUGAAUAAACUUGAUGAUGACACGUUAAAACAUAAAAAAUCCAUAAUGAACGAAUUAUUUGAGAAAAAUUUAGUGACAAAAGAAGAUAAAAAUUAUAAAUAUGAUAUCGACGUUGAUUUCACAACAAAUCAGCAACUUCAAGCGUCAGAGUGGGAUUCAGACAACGAGGACGAUGAAUAG